AUGGACUUCUCUAUGGGUUUUCCUCGAUCAAGGCAAGGACAUGAUGCAAUUUGGGUGAUUGUUGAUCGUCUGAUGAAGUCUGCACAUUUUCUUCCGAUCAGACAGACGGAUCCGGUGGAUAAGUUAGCUCAGACUGAUGGACAGUCUGAGAGGGCAAUUCAAUCCAGUAUUGGUAUGGCACCUUACAAAGCUUUGUACAGCAGAAAGUGUAGAACUCCUUUGACUUUGACUGAGGUGGGAGAUAGACAAGAAAUGGGUAUGACUUUUGUGGAUGAAUCUGUUAAGAAAAACAAUUUGAUUAAAGAAAGAUUGAAAGCUGCUCAAGAUAGGAAACAGAAGUAUUAUAAUCAGAAGCACAGAUUUGUUGAAUUUCAGAUGUCCGAUGUACAUAAAGUGUUUCACGUAUCUUCUAUGAGAAAGUGGAUUUCUAAUUCUGAAAAGAAACUGUCUGCUGAUGAUGUGGAGAUUCAGGAGAAUUUGCAGUACAAGGAAGAGCCUGAAAAGAUUUUAGCUUAUGAUAUGCGCAAGUUAAGAAGUAAACAGAUUUCGAUGGUUAAAGUUCAGUGGAAGCACGGAAUAAGAGGAGAGGCAACUUGGGAGAAGGAGUCGGAUAUGAGAUAG